GACAUGACUGGUGACGACAAACCAAUACGAGUUGGCUCUAGAAAGAGCGAGUUGGCCCUCAUCCAAACCAAACAUGUCAUCUCGCGUUUACAAAAACUCUAUCCCAAUAAAAAAUUUGAAAUACAUACAAUGACAACAAUAGGGGAUAGGGUUUUGAAUAUAUCACUGCCUAAAAUCGGAGAAAAGAGUCUUUUUACACGAGAUCUUGAGGAUGCCUUACGGAAUGGUGGUGUGGACUUUGUUGUCCAUUCACUAAAAGACUUGCCAACGGCUCUGCCAACCGGCAUGGCAAUUGGUGCUGUUCUCGAACGCGAAGAUGCCAGAGAUGCUCUAGUGCUUCGCAAGGACUAUAAAGGUCAUACAAUAGCCACAUUGCCUCCAGGAAGUGUCAUUGGAACUUCAUCAUUACGAAGGACUGCCCAGUUACGAAGACAAUACCCACAUCUCGUUGUUUGUGACAUACGAGGCAACUUAAAUACUCGUUUGGCAAAAUUAGAUGCUGCUGAUUCAAAGUUUGCCGGCAUAAUUUUAGCUCAAGCUGGUCUCGUGCGUAUGGGAUGGCAUGAUCGUGUCAGCCAAAUACUUGAGCCCACCGAUCUUCUGUAUGCCGUUGGACAAGGAGCGUUAGCGGUGGAAUGUCGUGCCAAUGACACUGAAAUUUUGACUAUGCUUCGAAGUCUCAUGUGUCUUUCAACGACGUGUCGUAUUCUGGCCGAACGCAGCUUUCUUAAGACCCUUGGUGGUGGUUGCAGUGCUCCGGUAGCUGUGCACAGUAGUUUAAAAGGAACUUUGAAUAACGAUGGUACCUGUUCAAACACGAUAAACUUACAUUUGGAUGGGGCUGUAUGGAGCCUUGAUGGUUCGACCGAAAUACGUGAAGACAUGGCUUGCUCCCUUGCUGAACCAACAGUACCUGACGAAAAUAGUAAUGAUGAGCCGCCACAGAAACGUUCGAGAGCCCAAGGAAGCAAUAGCCCCGAGCUAAGGAGUCAAAAUAGUCCUCCAGUUAUAAAUGACGAUUCGGAAAUAGAGGCAAUCGCUGGUUCAUAUAACAUCAAUGAGUUGGUAGAGAAACAUAUCAGUUUAGCUAAUAAAUGCCCAUUUGUGGGAAGUGAUAAUAAGAAGGAAUCGGAAAACGGCAACAACAAUUUAGAGGGAGAUGGCGCUGGUGACGCCGAUAAGGCCAAGGCGUGUCCUCUACCAAUAGAUAUUGGCCAGGAUGUUAUGGGACAGUGUCCAUUUGUGGGAAAUAUUGCAAAAGUUUCUUUAGCAGCUGUUGGCAAAUGCCCGAUAACAAAGAAUAAUGCCAGUAAUAACAAUACAAGUGAAAAUGGCGACAAAGUAGACUGUGCUCCAACUCCUUCUACAUCGAAAUGUCCAUUUGCAGCAAUGCACAGCAAAUGUGAUAUAACAGUCAGUGCCAAAGCUCCUAAAAGAAGUUAUGAGGAUACUGUGGGGAAAUGCCCGUUCCUGCAAAAGACUAUUAAAAUGUUUGACUAUAACGAAGACGAGAAACCUAAUUCCAAUGACAACAUCGUUAUCGAAGAUGUCGACAAUCUAUUCUGCGGUCUCUAUCAGCAUGAUUGCUACGACCGCCAGUUAUAUGUUAAAAGUAACAAACUUGGACAGGAACUAGCCGAGGAAUUAAUCAAAAAAGGUGCUUUAGAAGUAAUGAAAAUAGCUCAGGCAGAAGUGCAUAGCAAAUCUUAA